AUGGCUUCCAUUCGUGCUGGUGUUCAGUGGAGAAUAACCAAGUCUGGUGACAUGGAGUGGGAAGUUUUUGAUGGAAAUCACACGCAUGUUGUUAGUAUUGCGAAGUUUCAAUGCAGCUGCAGGGUUUGGUUUACUAAGCAGUUCCCUUGUGAUCACGCUAUUGCGUGUAUGCAUUCAAAUAAGAUCAAUGUUUACGAGUACAUUAAUCCGUAUUUCAUUUUUGCUAGCUUCCGUGCUUCGUAUGAUCGUCAUAUCAAGCCCAUUACCGAUUACGACAAGCCUAUUGAUGUUGCUACUGGAGAUCUCAUGAACCCACCAACUGUCCUAGGAAAAAAACCUGGUAGGCCGAAGAAGAAGCGGAAGUAUAAUUACGUGCGCUUCUUGUUGAACAUUUAA